AUGUUUCUUCGACUUUUGCCCCGUACAGGCCCCUUGCGGCCUCUAACAGGCACCAGAAACGUUUUCAGAGGAUCAGCUUUGUCCAGGUGCCAAUUCUCUACGGCUUCACAGCGCCAGAAUGAGCUCAAAGCCAUUCCAACCACAUACGAAGAAGAAAAGGCUGUCUUGGACGAGCUCAACAAGAAACUCCCAGAACUGGAUCUUGCUUCUUGUUCGAGACUCCGUAACAUCGGUAUUUCCGCUCACAUUGACUCGGGUAAGACCACCUUCACAGAAAGAGUGCUUUUCUACACGGGUAGAAUCAAGGCCAUCCACGAAGUCAGAGGUAAAGACGCCGUGGGAGCCAAGAUGGACCACAUGGACUUGGAAAGAGAGAAAGGUAUCACCAUCCAGUCUGCUGCCACCUACUGUUCUUGGGAUAAAGACGAUAAAUCGUACCACUUCAACUUGAUUGAUACUCCCGGCCAUAUUGACUUCACUAUUGAGGUCGAGAGAGCCUUGCGUGUUUUGGACGGUGCAGUGCUUGUGGUCUGUGCUGUUAGUGGUGUUCAGAGUCAGACGGUUACUGUGGACCGUCAGAUGCGUCGUUACAACGUUCCCAGAGUGACUUUCAUCAACAAGAUGGACAGAAUGGGUGCAAACCCGUGGAGGGCCAUCGAACAGAUCAACACCAAGUUGAAGACCCCAGCAGCUGCCAUCCAAGUGCCUAUUGGUGCCGAGGAGCAAUUGAAGGGUAACGUUAACAUCAUCGACAGAGUUGCUCUUUACUACGAAGGAUCGCAGGGUGAGGUGGUUAGAACUGCCCCAAUUCCUGAGGAGCUCAAGGAUCUUGUCGAAGAGAAAAGAGCUGUCUUGAUCGAGACUUUGGCUGACGUGGACGAGGAAAUCGCCGAUAUCUACCUUGAAGGUGAGGAGCCUUCUGUGGAGCAAAUCAAGAAUGCCAUCAGAAGAGCCACAAUCGCGAGAAAAUUCACCCCUGUCCUUAUGGGCUCCGCUCUUGCCAACAAAGGUGUUCAGCUGGUUUUAGACGCCGUUGUUGACUACUUGCCGCAACCAAACGAGGUCUUGAACACCGGUUUGGAACUUGUGGAUGGUAAAGAGGUUCCUAUCAACCUUAUUCCUUCGUCGCUGGAGGCUUUCGUUGGUUUGGCUUUCAAGCUCGAGGAGGGCAAGUAUGGUCAGCUCACAUACAUCAGAGUUUACCAGGGUAAACUCAAGAAGGGUUCGUUCAUCAAUCACUUGAAAUCUGGCAAGAGAGUUAAAGUCGCUCGUUUGGUGAGAAUGCAUUCCAACGAUAUGGAAGACGUGGACGAGGUUGGCGCUGGUGAAAUCUGUGCCACUUUCGGUGUGGACUGCGCUUCUGGCGAUACUUUCAUUGGACAGAACCUGGCAAGACACAUCACCAUGAGCUCGAUGUUCGUUCCAGAUGCUGUGGUUUCGCUUUCGUUGACACCAAAGGGCAAGGAAACUACACAAGUGCACUUUGACUCUGAGUCCAAGGAGACCAUCAUUUCUGGAAUGGGUGAACUCCACCUUGAGAUCUACGUUGAGAGAAUGAGAAGAGAAUACGGCGUCGACUGUGUCACUGGUAAGCCUCAGGUCACUUACAGAGAAACCAUCACCUGUCCUUCGACUUUCGACUACACCCACAAGAAGCAGUCUGGAGGUGCUGGUCAGUACGGUAAGCUUAUUGGUGAGAUGAAGCCCAUGGAGCAGAACCAGUGUACUCACCAUGUUGUGGGUGGCAAGGUCAGUGAAAAGUACCUUGCUGCGUGUGUCAAGGCAUUUGAAGACUGCUUGGAGAAGGGUCCUCUUAUUGGCCACAGAGUGAUGGGCGUGGGCAUGCAUAUCACCGAUGGACAAACCCACAUGGUGGAUAGUUCGGAGUUGGCGUUCCGUUUGGCCACCUACGGAGCGUUCAAGCAGGCCUUCAUGGCCGCCAAGCCUGUGAUCAUGGAACCAAUCAUGGCAGUGGAAGUGACUGCACCACUUGAGUUCCAGGGUGCUGUGGUUGGACUUGUCAACAAGUUGGGCGGUAUGAUUGUGGACACUGCCAACACCUCUGAUGAGGUGACCUUGACUGCUGAGUGUUCUUUGCACUCGAUGUUUGGUUUUAUGACCUCGUUGAGAGCAAUGACCCAGGGUAAGGGUGAAUUCACCAUGGAGUUCUUGAAGUACGCACAGACGUCGCCUCAAUUGCAGAAGGAGUUGAUUGAGAAGGCCGAGAAGGAGAGGAAGGCCAAGGAGAAGAAGUAG